GCUAGACCGGCUAGCCAGCACGGCCUUAAACGUAAGCACAUGGGCGCCCCCCGAUCCCGCCGUUCAACCACCGUACUCGUCUCUUUUUGGCUGAACUUGGCAGUCUCUUAGGGAUUCGGAGGACAAUUAGGGUAUCGGGCUAUUCCCCACCCCCAACCGCCCCCCCCCCCCCCCCAGCGGGAUACAGAGGCAGACCCAUCCCUAAGGAACUGCCGAGGAGUGGGGGUGGGGAGGCCGAGGCCGGAGCGGGAGGAGGAAGGAGGGAGAGCUGGAGGAGGGCGGUUCCCCGAGCUCUCCCAGCCAAUAGCAGCUGUUGUUCUCGGCAUAUAUUAUGCACCGAGGCUGUGAGAGCAGGUCUUCAGUCGAGCGAGGGAGAGGAGAGGAGCCGCUGCUCUGCGAGAGUUCUUGGUGCGGCAGAGUCCAUCAGCAGCUUUCUCCGAGGACCGCGACGCCUCCGAGCCUAGUGGUUUUUUAAAAGCAGACUCGCUCCCGUCUUUUCUGCAGAAAGGCCAGAAGAUUUUCUGUAGCUCGAGCGAGGAGCCUAGCGUUGCAUUUUUUGUGGGGUUUUUUUUUGGCUGCAAUUGCAUGAAAGCCCAAUGGUGUAGACCAGUGGCAAUGGAUCUAGGAGUUUAUCAACUAAGACAUUUCUCGAUCUCUUUCUUGUCGUCUUUACUGGGCACUGAAAACGCCUCUGUGAGACUUGACAGCAGCUCUUCUGGCGCAAGUGUGGUCGCUAUUGACAACAAAAUCGAACAAGCUAUGGACCUGGUGAAAAGCCAUUUGAUGUACGCGGUCAGAGAGGAGGUGGAGGUCCUCAAGGAGCAGAUCAAGGAGCUGAUCGAGAAGAACUCGCAGCUGGAGCAGGAGAACAACCUGCUGAAGACCCUGGCCAGCCCCGAGCAGCUCGCGCAGUUCCAGGCCCAGCUGCAGACCGGCUCGCCCCCGGCCACCUCGCAGCCCCAGGGCACGACGCAGCCCCCGGCGCAGCCGGCGUCCCAGGGCUCCGGACCCUCGGCGUAGCGUGCCAUGGCCGCUCCCGACGGGCCGGAGCCCCCCGGACUGAAGCGAGCAGGAGACGGACUAGCAGGCGGGCGCCUGCCCGGGUCCUCCAUUUCAUCGCGCGCCCCGCACCGGACACGCGGGACGCCGACCGAGACACCGUUACACUUUUCUUUCCAGUAUUAAAACCCUCAUCCGCUUUUGGCUUGAAGAAACUUGUUAGGUGGGUGCGGCCCCCCGACCCCCGCGAGACGGUUCACGGCCGGGGCGGGGAGCCCAAGGACCGUGACACGGCCUCCUCCGAGACACGCGCCCGCCCCGCGGACCGCGCCCCGCGGACGCCCCCGCCGCGAGCAGCCCGAGGGGGGAGAGAGGAGGGACUGAGGCGCGGGAGCGUCCCCCCUCCGUGUUCGUGCUCCGCGGGCGCCACAGGUAGCCGGGGCCUAGGUGAAUUGGCAAUGAAGGGUGUUUUGCCUCAUGUAUAUUUGUGUACGUAGUGUAAGUACUUUGUAAAAUAGGAGACUGUAACUACUGCUUAGGCUGUACAGAUUGAGAUUUAGUUGUUUCACUGGCUGACCUGGAGUUUGGAUAGUCUUUUUUUAUAUAUUAUAUAUAUUAAACGCUACAUGAAGAAAAGUGCACCCAGCCACGUUCGGAGUUAGAAGAUUUAUGCCGUUUGUGUCAUUUCUGAAAUCCCCGGCUGCUUGAUUAGUAUUGACGCCCACCCCCGUUCGCAGAAGUUGUUGGUUGAGACAGUGAAGACGCCCCCGACGUGACUGAGCCUAGCUAGGGAGGGGACCCGCCAGCCCGGGUCUCUGCGUCCUCCCUGUAUAGUAGUUAUGUGCAUACGUUCUGUGCAUGUUCUCUAAAACAGUUGUAACCGGUCCCUGUAUUUAACUGUGGCGCUUGUCAACUUUCAAUAAAGCAUAUACGAUGUUGAUAAACAA